AUUAAGUUUAUAAAAAAACAUCUGUUUAUUGUCAACAAAUCCUGUUAUUGGUUUCAUUUUUAUGUGAAGUCUCAUUGGUUGAAAUAGUAUACCGGUCACACGUAUAGUCAACAGGAAUUUUGUAUUCCUAUAAAUAUUUCUUGCCGGUAAGGUUAAUUACGCUAUCCAUGCUAAGUGAAAUUGCUGUGCGAGUUGAUUUUUCUUUUCGAUCAAAUUUUAUCAAUCAAAAAAUAUGGGACAGCAUGUUUCGCGAACCGAUUUUGAAUGGGUUUACACAGAGGAACCACACGCAAGUCGUCGAAAAUUAAUUCUAGAGAAAUAUCCUCAAAUUAAAAAGUUGUUUGGCUAUGAUCCCAAUUUUAAAUGGGUAGUCACAGGAAUGGUUUUAGUGCAAUUUGUUUCAAUGUUUAUAGUAAAGGAUUUAAGCUAUCCCAUGUUAUUUUUAAUGGCAUAUUGCUUUGGCGGAGUCAUUAAUCAUUCGUUAAUGCUGGCUGUUCAUGAAAUUGCGCACAAUCUUGCCUUUGGUCACGCGAGACCUAUGGCCAAUAAACUAUUUGGUUUUUUCGCUAACUUGCCCAUUGGAAUUCCAAUUUCUAUUAGUUUUAAAAAAUAUCAUCUGGAACACCACCGUUAUCAAGGUGACGAAAAACUAGACACGGAUUUGCCGACUUUAUUGGAAGCGAAAUUAUUUUGUACCACUUUGGGUAAAUUUUUCUGGAUUUGUUUGCAACCAUUUUUUUAUGCUUUCCGGCCAUUAGUCACGUAUCCAAAAGUACCAACCACUUUAGAAUAUGUCAAUUUGGUUAUUCAACUUAUUUUUGAUGGUCUCAUUUGGUAUUUCUUAGGAGGUAAAAUAUUGGUCUACUUUAUUUUUGGAUCAGUUAUGGCAAUGGGUGUUCAUCCAGUUGCUGGUCAUUUUAUAUCUGAACAUUAUAUGUACAAAAAAGGAUACGAAACUUAUAGUUAUUAUGGUCCUCUUAAUUACAUUACAUUUAAUGUUGGUUAUCACAACGAACAUCACGAUUUUCCUGCUGUGCCAGGUUCCCGAUUGCCAGAGGUAAAGCGAAUAGCGUCCGAAUUCUAUGAUAAUUUACCACACCACGACUCUUGGGUUUCCGUUUUAUACGAUUUUGUAAUGGAUCCGGAAAUUGGCCCAUAUGCUCGAAUAAAACGAAAACAUAGAGGUUUGAAUUCAUAGGAGCCUUAAAUUAAAAAGUAUUGACAAGAAUUAAUCAUUAUUUAUUAGCUGUAAUAAAACGAAAUCGUCAGCCAUGUAAUUUAAACUAUUUUUCUACGACGCUUUCAUUUUACGCUGUGUAAAAGUUGAAAUAGCAUUUAUUAAGAAUCAUGUCUGCUGUAUUUGCAAUUAGACGUACAAUUUUCUUGUGUAAAUAAUAAAUUAAUCGUAUAAAAUUUUUAUUCAUUACGAAGCAGUGUGUAAAAUAACUUUAUCAUUCAUUAAGAAGCAAUGAUGAGAGUAUAAAUUUGAAGACGAUUUUUAACUCUACUCAAUGAUUGUUAUUAUUUUGUAAAAUUAUCUUUAUUUUUUCCUUUCAACUGUUCUUCGUCAAAUAUAUUUUGUAUAUUACUUUUGAUUUAUAGACAAUACAUAAUAUAUUUUAAUUAAAAAAUGAAUUUAUGCGCUGAAUAUGAAAUUGUGAAAGUGAACUUUUUAACAAACUUUAAAUAAAUGUAAAGUUUAAUUUAAUUAAUAGUAAAAAAAAAGAGGCUAUAUAAUACAAACAUAAAUGUAAAUAAAACUCUCUUUGCUGAUGAGAUUGAAAAAAUUAACUAUAUAUUAUCUGUAGUCAACAUAUUUUUCUCUUAUUAUCUGUUUAUGUAUAUAUUCAUACGUUAAUAUCAGUUAAUGUAAAUUAGCAACAAUUCGCGCGCGGCUUACUUCUCCCUCACUUCUUUAAAUAAAAUCAUCAAUUUCGAAAAUAA